UUACCCUAGAGAGCACCUGGCAAACACUGACUUGCCCUCAGGUAGAAUAGCUUUCUCUUUCUCCAUGGCUUUGUUUCCCUGGUGCAGAUUACUGGUUGCUCCCUGAUCUCUGGGAAAAGGACAUACAGCAUGCCAAUCCUAAUCACCCAAGCUGCCAGCUUCUCUCCCUUCAUCUUCUGGAUCAUAUUUCUGCUUUGCCCUGCUUUCUUUAGCCCUUCUUGGGCUGUGUUUUUCCUAGUUACCCCCACACACAAUUCACUCCCUCUCUGCCCCCCCAUUCUUUCCCAGUUCCUCUCCUGCCCCGCCUCUCUGCUCUGGACGCAUCUCUAAGCCCCAUCAUCACCAAGCGCCAGGCACUCCCUCUCUCCCUCCCUCUUCUUUUCUCCUCCCUCCUUUCCUCCCUCCCACCUCCUGCACCAGGAAACUGCCUAGAGCCUGGGGAGCGGCCUGACCCGGCUCCAUAGCUGGGAGGAUGAAAGGCCUCAGCUGGGGGCUCCCUGCCACCAGCGCUGUGUCCUAGGAGCUGCUGCCCAGGCUUGCCAGCCAGAUGGCGACUCCAGCCUCAGCCCCAGAUACUCGAGCCCUGGUGGCAGAUUUUGUGGGUUAUAAGCUAAGGCAGAAGGGCUAUGCCUGUGGAACUGGCCCAGGAGAGGGCCCUACAAAUGAGCCCCUGCACCGGGCCAUGCGAGCCGCUGGAGAUGAGUUUGAGUCCCGUUUCCGACGCACAUUUUCUGAUCUGGCUGCUCAGUUGCAUGUGACUCCUGGCUCAGCCCAGCAGCGCUUUACCCAGGUCUCAGAUGAGCUCUUCCAGGGGGGGGCCAACUGGGGCCGUCUUGUGGCAUUCUUCGUCUUUGGGGCAGCGCUCUGUGCAGAGAGCGUCAACAAAGAGAUGGAGCCACUGGUGGGACAGGUUCAGGAUUGGAUGGUGACCUACCUAGAGACACAGCUGGCAGACUGGAUCCACAGCAGCGGGGGCUGGGCGGAAUUCACGGCUCUGUACGGGGAUGGGGCCCUGGAGGAGGCAAGGCGUCUGCGGGAGGGGAACUGGGCCUCAGUGCGUACAGUGCUAACAGGGGCUGUGGCAUUGGGGGCUCUGGUGACUGUGGGGGCCUUCUUUGCCAGCAAGUGAGAACUCAACCCAGUGUUGGGUCUAGAGUGGCUGUGGGAAGGAGAGAGUAGGGUAGAAUGGAGAGAACCCCUGGGAGAGGUGGGAUGGAUGAAUGGGGAAGGGACAGGGAUAAAAGGGGAUGCACUGCGGGAGGUGGGGAGGGAUUGGGGGGGAAUAAGUGAACUCUGUAUGUCAGGCAGGAGUUUGGAAGGUUGAGCCAAAGAAAUGUGGAAGACACAUCUGGAAAGUCAAUGUGUGCAAGACAGGGAGAGUCACAGCAGGAUUGGGGCCAGGAUUGGGUGGGUUUUAGAAGGCAAUACCCAUAAAUUGAGCAGUGUGGAGAGGAGAGGUCAUCCUCUAAUGAAUUUGGGAUUUUGCAACCCUAGGGGGUGGUAGACUUUUCAAGGGAGUACAGUAAAAAUAUACGAGAGAUGAAGUCUUCAUUGGAUAAGUAAGAUUUGGGGAGAAAGUUUUAGGAUCUUUGGAAUGACUGUGGGUACCCUGGGGUUCUCAGUUUGCAGUGAGAAGUGGGUGUUUUAAGUGGGUGCUUGGAUGUGUGUGUAUGUGUGCACUUGUGAGCUUUGUGUACCUGGUGUGGUGAUAGAAUUCUUCCUCAAGGAAAAAUAACUUUCCCUAGCAAUGAACAAGAGGAGUUGGAUCUCCCCUUGGUUGCCCCAGUGCUGGGGGUAGGGGGUAAGAAGUAGGGAACUAUAGACUGAGAAUUUUGAGGCUGUUCUGCAAAAAGUAGUAAGCAGAAUUUGAAGAGGGCAGAGUAUGCUAGUUGAAAUGGCUCAGUUUUGUAGUUGUCUUCACUUCCCUCAUUAGUCCCUUCUCCAUGCCUUUAGCACUUGCUGCUGCUCCUUCUAGGGCUCUGAACAAAGCAGAACUAAGGAGCUUUGGGAGGGAAGGACAUUUUAUCAUCUGUCCCUCUUUUUCUAGUGGGGUGCAGUAGUGCCUGGAAAGGUUCCCUAUCUCUGGGACCUCUCUACCCAAAUUUAAACACUAAAUUGGGGUUGAAAUUUCCCUUUUUGAAAGUAUGAAUACAAAUGUUGAUCCAGAACCUAGCUCUGUGUACUAAACACUAAGCCUCAGUGAAACUGAGUCUAUAUGCCUUGAGAGGGACAUUCCCAGCUCUGAACUCAGGGGUGGGAGUAGGGUAUACUCUAGAAGCCAACCCAUUCCACGUGGUGGGCAUUGCUGCUGCUAGAUCAAAGACCAGGUAUAUGGGUUCUAGAGUGCAUACCAUGAUCUAGAAACAUUUAUGUAUGCUUUGAAGCUAGGCUGGUUGCAUGGGUGUUAACUGUCUGCAUCUCUUAGUGUGAGAAUGCUGAAUUUCUGUAACCCACAAAUGGAUCCAGAAAUAACUCUUUCUUUGAAGGAAGGAACUCUUCCUUUCUCUGGAUGCAUGGCCCUGAGCCAGACCUUGCUGCUGCACUUUCCAAGGUGCUAAAAUUGCUGCUCUUAAAUGCUGACUCCAGAUAUGCUGUGCUCUAGAACCCUGCCUGUGAUCCAGAGCACUGACUUGCUCAUCUAGAACACAGUUGGCUCUUCUGGGUAGAGACUUUUACUUGGUCCCAGAAUGUGGCAACUUAGUUGCGCUGCUCUAGAAUGUGGGACCAAUCUUGGCCUCAGGUGUUUAAUCCAAACUUUUGCUUUUGAAAGCUGUGUUCCUUAAGAGGAAUUUGUAGGGGAGGUGACAGACAUUCUGCUGAGACUGUACUGGGUGAGAUGGUAUCAUGAGCCAGAAAGCACUGAGUCAGUUACAGGUGAUUAGCAUGGAGAGGAGGACAGUUAACACUGACUUAACAGUGACAAACCCAGACCAACUAACAGCUCACAAUUGGAGCAUAUGUCCCUCUACCCUUACGACACAGCUCUUUCCCCCACCCUCUAUCACAGACUCCUAACUGUGGCCCCUGUUAGCUCCCUCAUGGAUCUUUACUAACAGGGGUACCAGGAACCAUGGUCAGAAGGACAAAAAACGCACUGCUAAGAGGCUCCUGCUCCUGGAUGGAGGGCAGGGGUUAUUGAUUUAAAGGGGAGGAUGCUCAGACUUGGUCUCUAGAAGCAUGGCUGCAUUGGGACCACAAUGGGCAGUUUUGGCCAGACACUCCUUCUGGGGGCAAUAGAAGCCCCUAAGAUCUUUCCUUCAGAAAACCAGGGACUUUUCUAUUUGGGGCUAUUCAGUUCCUGGGGGUUGUCUCUUAGCCAAGCAGGCUGAGUGUGACUCCCUGUUUUUAAGUCCAUUUCAUUAAAAGUAGGGGGAAACACAUUUAAUUGCCAUUUUCAAAAGAGUAAACUUGGUGGAGAGGCUGGGGAGAGGAGUGUUUCUUGUUCCCAAGAGCCCAUAGGGGCAAGUGGGAGGCUUUGCUUAGGCCAUGGGAGGAGUGGAGAUGGGGCAGCUAGGUCCUGAGAGUGCUUAUCCCACUCCCCACUUCUGCCAGGACAUACAUUAUUUUUCUUUUUCAAGUCAGAAAACAAUGCGAGAACGGAUUUGGUUAGUUUAGAAGAAAAGAAAAAAGCUCUAUAAAUAUAAAUAUAUAUUCAUGUAUUUUUAUUUAAUAAUUUAUAAAUACUGGGUUAAUUUGACUUUUAUUUUUGUGUAAUAUGUAAUGGUCGUAUUAAAAAAUAAAAUCCAGAAGUUUAAUGAGGACUGAACAGGGUUUGUGACUUCUGCAUUUACAACUGGAAGGAUGGGAUGGGUGGAUACUGGCCUCACUCCAAUCACCUUUCUGUGCAGUUUUUUAGGAGUAGAAAUUAAGCUAGGAGGGAUGUGGGAACUUGGGGAAUUUCUAAUAAAGAAUUAACAUGAUAA